AUGAAUUUGAACAGUCUUGUGGAUGCUGCUGCUGCCGCUGCUUCUACUGCUGCCUCUGAAGAGCAGAUAUUUGGACACCCGGCCGAAAGUGACUUCAGCUCAGAAGCUGCUGGCGUUGACAACUUGGAGAAGGUUUACUACUUGCCUGUUGGUUUAUCACCUGUGCAAAGGGACCUUUAUGAAAUAUUGAUCAAAUUGCACAAGGACUCCAUCAUUAAGCAAUUGAGUGAUGGUGAAGAUGAACUGGGGUCAUCUUAUGUCAAUGGUACCCCGAAUGACAUUGAUUCUUCAUCCACAAUUCUUUCAGAUGAUGAUUUACAGGAUCUUUUAUACCGGAAUAUAACACUUGUUUCAAAUCAUCCUUAUCUUCUUGUUGAGCAUUAUAUGCCAAAAAAAUUGUUACUUAUGGAAUCUCAUGAAAGAUUGUUUUUAGCUAGUGAUAAAUUCAACAAGUUUGAUAAACUAUUGGGUGUUUUACAAGACUUACCAUUAAAUGUUGUUAUUGUUGGUCAUAAUAUUAAAGAACUUGACUUGAUAGAGGCCUUUAUUCUAGGGAGAGACCUAAACUAUAAGAGAUAUUCGGGUACCCCUUUAUAUGAUGAACAAAAACCAAUCAAAUCCGAAGAGAAUGGUAAAAAUGGUAAUGGUGAUAAAAAGGUAAAAGAUGAUGAAUAUAUACCGAGAAGACAAAGAAACUCUAAGGGCACUAAAUCAGGCUUUCCAUUGACACUACAUCUUAUAACACAUCAACAUUUCAAAUCCACUCUAUUUCAAGGUGUUGCGUUGAAUUUCAUCAUUAGUUUUGAUCCUUCAUUGGAUGAAAAUGAUAGUCAUGUCAAUUUCUUGAGAACCACAUCAAAUCCAGCAUAUUCAGCUGAAUCACCAAUCCCAUUAAUUAAAAUCAUUGUAUCUCAAUCACAAUACCAUGGUCUUCUCAAGUGGAAAGACAAUACCAAUUAUGACGAAGAGGCUUUGAAGAAACAAACACUAUAUUCAGCGAUUGCUAAUAGAGGAAUAGAUCAUAUGAAGGAGUUUGAUUUGAGUUAUGGGGUCUCAUAUCAAAAACUUAAAGGUUUUUUCCAAGAUCCAUUUAAACACAAGUGGCCCGUUUCAGAAUUACCAGAUUUCAAAAUCCAUUCAAAUGAAGAAAUCAUUCAAUCCGUUGAACAGGAUUAUUCAAUUGUUUUCAGAGAAACUGCAACUAAUAAGAGAAUAAAGACGGAUGCUUUGAUAAUACCACAACAAUUGAACAUUAAGGAAUACCAUCGUUUUUUGGCAAAGUUAACAAUUGCAAGAAUUUCAAGUAUUGAAAAGACUAUAAACCUGAACAAGGAAAAGAUAAGGCCAUUUAGAUUGAAGUCCACAAUAAGACAUAACGAAACAGAUAAUAUUAAAAUUAAGAUUGGGGAAUUGUUCAAAGAAUCAAAAAAAUUACAUGAAGAUGUCAAUGUUGCUGAAAAGAGAUAUGAAAGAUUGGAAUCGGAAUAUGAAAAACAUGAACAAACUGAGAAAUCAUUAUCAGAAAAGAAGGACUAUUUGGGGAAAAUUAGAAAUGGGGAUAUUGAGUUAAAAGCUGAUGUUUUAGACUCUGAAUUGAAAGAAUUGGAAGAAUUUUUAACAAAUUUGAAAACAGAUAACAAAACUCUCGAAAAUAGAAGUGGUGAACUAAGAACUGAAUAUCAACAAACCACUUCAGAAGCCGCUGAAAAAUCAACUACUGCUAAACUACUGGACUCCAAGAAUAAAGAAUUGUUAACAAAACUAAAUGGACAAGGUAAAAAAUUAAGACAAUUAAAGAAUGAAGAUGUUAAAAUAUCAACUAAUGAAGAGAUUGAGAAAUUACGAGCCAAUUUGAAAUUCCUGGAACUAUACAACAACAAACUCAGUGAGACGGUAAAGGAGAAAGUGAGCACACUCACUGUUGGUAGAAAUGGUCGUGUUUAUAGAUCAACUACACCAUAUAUGUGA